AACAGAACAUUGAGCAGAAUGAGACCUGUUCGUCGGCUGACCUCAGGAUACGCAAGUCUCAGCAUUCCGUGUUAUCCCGGAAGUUUGUGGAUGUCAUGACCAAAUACAACGAGGCUCAGGUCGACUUCCGGGAGAGGAGCAAGGGUCGGAUUCAGAGACAGCUGGAAAUCACUGGAAAAGCCACCACAGAUGAACAGUUGGAGGAGAUGUUGGAAAGCGGUAACCCUGCCAUCUUUACCUCUGGGAUCAUCGAGUCCCAGAUCUCGAAGCAGGCCCUGAACGAGAUCGAGUCACGGCACAAGGACAUUGUCAGGCUGGAGAGCAGCAUCCGGGAGCUUCACGACAUGUUUGUGGACAUCGCCAUGCUGGUGGAGAACCAGGGCGAGAUGGUGGACAACAUCGAGGUGAAUGUCAACAAGUCGGCAGAGCACGUGGAAACGGCCAAGGCCGAGACUAAAAAAGCCGUCAGGUACCAGAGCCAGGCUCGCAAGAAAACUAUCAUCAUUGUUGGGAUUUUGGUUAUCAUUCUGGCGAUCGUGGCCCUUAUAAUCGGUUUAUCGGUUGGAUUGAAUCACUGAGGAGGGCCCUCCCAUUCUUCAGAAACUCCUGGUCCUCUUCGCCUGCAUAGCGAUCCUGCUCAUCAUCCUCACCAUUGUCCUGAGCGUCACCUUAUCCUGAGUUACCCUGAGUGCUCCCCCCCACCCCGCCAUCUCGCCCUCCCUCUGGCUUCACCCCCUCCUUGGUCUUCCCUGGCAAGCUCUGCCCUGCGGAGAUCGUCGAACUUCGGCUGCUGUGGUGUCCGCUGGAUUGGAGGCUCGCCGGGACUAGAGCGUGAUUGGACCCACCAUCGCUUCGCCUAGAUACCCCAGCUGAUCCUACCAUUUCUCAUCUUCCCUGUGUCGUUCCCCCAAAUCUGCCAAGCAAGACUUUCAGACCGACUACUUUCCUGCUUCCCAAUGAUGACACCAUCUCCUCCCUCCCAACCAUUGACUCUUCACCCCCUCACUCCCAAUCAUUGACU